GAAGACUUGCAACCUGUCGCAACCUGCGUCGAAGUCGGAAGAACGAAAGUCCUCUGUCAGGGGUUGCAGAGCGUGGACACUCAACCCAAAAUUCGGUCACGCUCGUCGAGCAGAUUUGAUUAUCUCACAUGUACUCAAAUGAUCUUGUGUUUAACGCUUGAUACAAGGAUUCCAUAAUGACCACGCCGAACAAAGCUCGUUGAUCGUCAGGCAUAGAAACUGUAGAAUUUUGCUCCCUCUGUAGCUCACUGACGGAAUUCUCCUGUAAUCUCUUAUGAAAUGUGACUGUGGCGCUUAUGCUUUCAGUUUUCUCGGCCGAUCCUUCAGUUAGGCCGCUAUGUUGUGCUUAGCAACAUCUCGGGAGUUACCAGAUUCGGGUUUUUCUUGACUGCAUUCAGAUAACUUAGCCUCAGAGCUCAUGGCCAGGGGUAAACGCAACAAACGUGCUGGCAAGUCCAAGCAUCGCCAGUCAGCUGUUAAAGAUGGCUAUAAUGAGUACGCAGAUCAGUCUGACGAGAUUAACGAAGAACUUACGGCAUUGGCAGCAAUUUUUCAAGAUGACUUCAAUUUGUUAUCUGAGAACAUUCGUACCGAAUUCAAAAUUAACUUGCGCCCUCACACCGUUGACGAUGAACUUGACGACGAUUAUCUUUCAGCCGAACUACUCGUAAGAUAUUUACCUGGAUACCCGCUGAGGCCUCCAAAGCUUCAGGUUACGUCGAAAAAGGGGCUAACAGGCGAACAACUGCAAUAUCUUCAUUCUAUGCUUGUCGAGCAGGCCUCCUCUCUUGCUAGAGAAGGUCGUGUCAUGAUAUUCAAUCUUACUGAAGCAGCUCAAGAAUUUCUGUCCGAUCAAAUUAGGCAUGUGGAUCCAGUGGAGGAGCAAGUACAUAUGAAGGAGGGGAUCGUACCUUCCACAAAGUCGACUGUUGAUGGUUCUCAUGGCGUGGAAGCCUCCACACUUGUUGCGGGACAUGAUGAGCAAGAAUUGGAGGACAGUAUCUACUUGGACCUCUUUAACAAUCUGUGGGGUGAAGGUGAUGUUCAAUUGGAGGCAGCCCGCGUGUCUGUGUCUCAUGAUCAUUUGGAACCCAGUCGAUUUAGCAGUCCUCUUCGUGAACAACGGGGUAUCGUUGAGAAGACGAAGGUCUCUAAAGCUACAGGAAGCAACGCCUUUCAAGAAUCAAAAUCGGCUGUGUCUGUUGGAGGUGAUUUAUUUAACGCUCCUAAUACUUUUCUUAGAGGGACUAAGCCAGUCGACCUUGACGAGAUUGCGGAGGAGACAGGGGAUGACUCCGAUAAUGAGCAACCUGCCCAAAUAAGAAGGACCCAUUCAGCAUCUGCGACAGAGCUUUUGCGCAAAGUGCACUCUGGCCUGAUAGCUUUCAGAAAAUCUGGAAAGAGCUCCAUCGAUAGUGAUAGCAGUUCGACGGACGAUGUUAUUGAGAAUGCAAUAGAACAUGGUCUGGCGAUGUAUCGGGAUUCCACAGUGAGUGAAAAGCCAGGGAAUGAUGACGUGGCAACCCAACAUUUGCGGAAGGAUCUCGUGCUGAGCUAUCUUCUUCAGCUGGUUUGCUGUUCCAGAGGUCCACUAUCAAAUGCCCUAACCGUUUUGGCUUCAGAAUUAUACAGUAAAGGAGUCUUGUCUCCUUGGGCUUAUAACCUGGUAACCCUUCAGCCUCAGUUAUUUCUACCCACAUUCAGAAGGAUGUUUGGACAAAUGCUCAAAGACACAGAAACGACGACUGCUUCAGGGCAACGGGCACACCCAGCUCUUAGUCGUUUUUGGAGUGCGAAUCCAGAGCUUUCAGAACAAGGAGCUGACGAUUUAAGGAACUCAAGCUCUCGAUACUUGAGUGAUUUUGAAGAACUUUCUCUUCUUGGAAGAGGUGGUUUUGGACAUGUUGUUCUGUGCAAAAACAAGCUUGAUGGCCGAAGAUACGCGAUGAAGAAAAUUAGACUCAAAGACAAAAGUCCAGUUUUGAAUGAUAAAAUUCUCAGAGAAGUAGCCACUCUCUCAAGACUUCAACAUAUUCACAUAGUCCGCUACUAUCAGGCUUGGAUCGAAACAGGAGUGGGGAAUGUUCAAAAGACUCUCAAAGGAGGCUCUGAAGAUUCUGAAGGUUCGGAAUUUUGGCUGAAUCAGGGAAGUGAUUCUCAGAAGGACUCUUCUCUCGCUGAUUCUGAAUUGGGAUCAGGUGAAACAAUUUUCUUGUAUAUUCAGAUGGAAUAUUGUCCAAGAACACUGCGAGAGGUAUUCAACAGCUGUACUAUGUCAGUCAACAAAGAGGAAAUUUGGCGUACUUUUAGGCAGAUAGUAGAAGGACUUGCUCAUAUACAUGGUCAAGGAAUCAUUCACCGAGACUUGAAUCCAAACAACAUAUUUUUUGAUGCUCGUGGAGACAUCAAAAUUGGCGACUUUGGUCUAGCCAAGUUCACAAAUUUAGAGCAGCCAGAUCGGGAAACAAAUCCUAUAGCUUCCACGGAAGUGACCAGCGCAUCUUUUGAAGGAACAGGCCAAGUUGGAACUUAUUUCUAUACGGCCCCGGAAGUCGAUCAAGGUCUGCCACACGUUGAUGUUAAAGUUGAUAUGUACAGCUUAGGGGUGGUUUUUUUUGAGUUGUGGACGCCUUUCAGCACCCAAAUGGAAAGAUUUGUCACCUUGAACGAGCUCAAACAGCACGGCAAUCUCCCUCCGAAUUGGUCGUCCCCUGAGUUUGUUCAGCAGGCAACACUGGUGCGCUGGCUCAUGAAAUCCUAUGGUCCGGACCGGCCCUCAGCAGCACAAGUUUUACGCAGUGACCUUUUACCUCCAAGAAUGGAGAACGAGUCAUUGAACGAUAUUUUGAGAACCAUACAGAAUGCAGAGGAUACCUCUGUUUACGAUCAAAUAAUUGCUGCAGUAUUUGACGAUGAGAGAAUUGCCGCAAAAUCAGGACUGAUCGACAUAGAGUUAGCUAAGCUGAAGAGAAGUAACAAAGAUCGUACAUUAUUACAUGUUGUGGGAUAUCAAGACCAUUAUAUAGACUCUGUAAAAGCUGUGUUUCUGCGGCAUGGUGCGCAACGAGUUGAAAGCUCCUCUUUCAACGUGCUUGAUGAUUCACGUCAUUUGAGAAGACAAGUCGUGAAACUGAUUGAUUCUUCUGGCAAUGUGCUGGACGUUCGUCAUGAAAUUCGGCCGUCGCUAGCUCGCUGGGUUGCUGUGAACCAGAUUUCGUCUUUGAAGAGCUACGAAAUUUCUCCAGUCUUUAGAAAAGGUGUCGGAGACGAUGCUCCACGAGAGUAUCUACAAGGUGAUUUUGAUAUCAUCGGAGGAGCGAGGACUCUUGUAGAAGUGGAAGCAGUGAAGGUUGCAGUAGAAGUUGUCAACAAAUUUUCUCAUUGGGAUGCCUUUGAAGUCCGUAUCAACCAUCGGCAAAUUCUUAGCGCUAUAUGGAACUGGACUGGAGUUCAGAGCGAACACAAACAAAAAGUUGCUCAGGUUCUGGCAAUGAUGGGAACUGCUUCACCCCAAUCUCCAGCACGCAAAGCUUUGUGGGCCCUAGUCCGUCGACAACUGUUGCAGAGCCUCCAUAUUCCGGAAGCAGUCGUUGAUAAAUUGCAGACAGUGGAGCGUAGACUCAGUGGAUGUGCCAACGAUGUUCUUCCUCGCCUAGUAGGAGCUCUCCCAAAAAGUACAACCACAGCAGCUGCAAUUGAAGAGUUAUCGACACUACUUAGAUAUUUGCGAGUGUGGCAACUUGAAAAGUUUGUCGUUCUCGAUGGAUUGAUGGCAGCAACAGAAGACUACUUCGAUGGCAUUUUUUUCCAGGUGCAUGUGCACAAAUCGGGUACUCAAAAUCGAAAUAUACCGGGAGCAUGUGUUGCUGUAGGUGGUCGCUAUGACAAACUCAUCAAUAGAUUCUGGACUAAUACUGUGAAAAAUCCUCCACCAGGUGCUGUUGGACUUAGUGUUGCUUUGCAGUUGCUGCUUGACACCACUACAGCUGAAAGGGGUGAAGGUGCCCCAGAUGUGCUAGUUUGUAGCAAGGGAGGGGGUGGAUUGUUGGAGGAGCGUAUGGAGAUUGUUAAUGACUUGUGGGCUGCCAACAUUAAGGCCGAGUAUAUGUGUGAGGAGGCUCCGAGUCUCACAGAACAGUAUGAAUAUGCUCAUGAGCGCGGAAUCAAAUGGCUAGUGAUUAUUACAGAAGCCGCACUUUCUCUCACAGAAUCAGUGAAGGUUCGACAUCUUUACUUUAGAGCAGAGGAGGAUGUACCAAGAGAAGAUUUAGUGAAGUAUUUUGCAGACAUUGGUGCAACUAACGUAAAUUUCAAAAGAAAAGCUUCAGUCAUGCGUACGGGGAGCUGAAACGUUGCGUGCAAUGGGGGCUAGUUUCUAAUGCCAAACGUUUUUGGUCCGCACCAAGACUGAGGGGGAUUUUAUUCAACUUCCUGUGAAAAUCGAGAGUCAACCAGUGCUGCCCAAUUGCAGCAAAUUGCGAGGCAGAAAUGAGUUCUACAGUUCACUAGAUUUCACUGUCAAUUACUUCGUCUCUCCAGUAGUCUUGAUAAUAUUCUAAGCACUCCGGUUGCAAAUGCAAAUUUGCAAGUGCUCGGCAAAAUUUUUUAUAAUAUAUACAACUUGCAUCAAGAUUCCCUUUCUCAGCGUCCUAUGAAUAAGUAGUUCUACGGGCAGCACUAUCAAUCUCGCUGGAAAUAUUUGAUCCACAAAAAUCGGCGUUGUUAUACUUCAGGUUAUAAUGUAAUAAACUUGGAAAGUUCCAAUGUCUCACUGCGUGU